AUAAUCGUUCAGAAAGCAAAAGAAAUUUUGAGAAAUAGUCGUUGUUUUCGCUAUCUGUGAUCCACGAGAAAAACCCAGGUGCUAGUUUUUUGUUUUCCGAGAGAUUUUGAUUUUUUUGGAGAAACCCAGCUGAAGAAAAUGCACGAUUUCUGCUUUACGAUCCCGUACGGGUUGAUUCUUGGGGUUGGAGGUCUUAUCGGGUACUUGAGGAAGGGGAGCACAUCUUCUUUGGCUGGUGGUUUGGGAACUGGUUUCCUGCUCAUUCUUGCUGGCUAUAUCAGUCUCAAAGCCUUUGGGAGGAAGAAGAACUCGUAUCUUGCUUUGAUCCUUGAGACGGUUUGUGCAGCCACAGUCACAUAUAUAAUGGGACAGCGUUAUCUGCUAACUUCUAAGAUUAUGCCAGCUGGUAUUGUUGCUGGUUUGAGUGCUCUUAUGACUGGGUUUUAUUUGUUCAAGAUUGCAACGGGGGGCAACCAUAUCCCAACCAAAGCCAAAUCAUGAUGUCUGAAGUGAAAGCUUCUUUUUCAAUUUUUUUUUUUCCUAAAUAUUUUAAAUGGAUGUAUUUAGAUCACACGCAGCCAGAAACAUGUAUUGGAUGUCUUAAAUUUGUCGAUGUAACUUGUACUGCUAGGCAUUGUGCUAGCCAAUUGUGUAUGGCUUUUCUUUUUGAUAAUAUUGGAGAAAACUUGGUUGUAGACUUUGAAUCAAAUAGAAUUCUGGUUGGACAUAAA